UCUCAGUAAACCCCUCGGAAUGCCAAGGGAGUACGGCGGCCACGACUGGAGGAGAGACGAUCGAAGGGACGACAGGCGCGACGAUCGAUAUAGCAGUCGGCGUCGUCGAGAUGAGGAAGAAGAAGAUCGCGAUCGUAGACGUAAGCAUCCCGAGCGUGAGGAGCAUUCGUCUUCGUCGAGGCGACGUGAGACUGGUUCACCCACACAUUCUCGCUCCUCUUCCUCGCGCCACCACUACGAUGACGACCAUCGCCGGCAUGACAGCAGGCGGCACGAGGGCAGCAGCAGCAGCAGCAGCAGCCGAUAUGACGACGGCAGACGCCACGACAGCAGAAGAGACCAUCAUCGCUCGCAGCCUACGUCGUCGUCCUCGUCGAGGUCGCGUUGGGAUCAAAGGGACGGCAGUGAGGUGAAGAGGGAUAGGUAUCAAGAGCGCCAGCGAGAGGAUCACUAUCCCGCAGCUCCUAUUUCUUCUACGCCUGCCUCCAGCACUUCUUCGCUGCCAGCGCCACUCGCUUCACUACCAAGUAAGCCAGCGUUUCUGCCCGCCAAUGUGCACGCAGCCGAUGCCUCAGGCAGCUCAUCUUCUGCCCUCAACAGCCCUUCGUCGCCCUUCACACCGCUUGGAAGCACCGAGGACGAAAAGGCAAGAGCAAAGAAGGAGAGACUGGAGGCAUGGAGGAAGGAACGUGAAGCCAAGAAGGCCCUCGAGGAGGCAAAGGCUAGAGCGCAGAGUCUUGCUUCGGGCAUCGCAAACGGACACUCAUCGAGCGGCACGACCAGCAUCAACGCAGCUGGAUUGAAAGGCUUCGCAGCCAAGGGUUUGACGGCCAAUCUCAAAGCGGCAGGCUCGUCAGCCAUGGACGAUACAGGCGAUCAGCCGGCCAAGAAGCAAUUCAAGAAGCUCAAUCUGCCGCCGAUGGAUCCACUGCUCAAGCCUGGCGCUGGUGGCAAAGUCGGCUCUGGCUCGGAUCUCGAAGACGAGGAUGAUGAUGAUGACGACGCAGAGGAGGCUCCACAGCCGCCAUCCGCGACAGCAAAGAUGGAUGUCGACGGCGAGGAAGAUGAGGUAGAUCCGUUGGAUGCAUUCAUGAACACCGUCAGCUCGGAAGUCAAGACAGUCAAUGAGGCGGACCGCAAACGCCUCGGCAUCACGGACGAGCCAAAGAUCAAGCCGCCAGUCAUGAGUACCGAUGCCGAAGAUGACGAGGCCAAGGGUGAGGCGAGUGCAGACGAGCUUGAUGCCGUCGGUGCGGAAGACAUCAUGGCUCUUGCAGCUCAGAAGAUCAAGAAGAAGGAGAUGCCCACCGUCGACCACUCCCAGAUCGAUUACGAGCCCUUCCGCAAAGAGUUCUACCACCCGCCGUCAGAAGUCGAGGAGAUGACAGAGGAAGACGCGGAACGGUUACGGAUGGAGCUCGACGCGAUCAAGGUGCGAGGCAAGGACUGUCCCAAGCCUCUCACCAAGUGGAGCCACUGCGGUCUGCCCGCCACCUGCCUCGACGUCAUCAAGAAGCUGGCGUACAAGGCCCCCACACCCAUCCAGUCGCAAGCGAUCCCUGCCAUCAUGUCGGGUCGCGACAUCAUCGGCGUCGCCAAGACGGGCUCGGGUAAGACGAUGGCCUUCUUGCUCCCCAUGUUCCGCCACAUCAAGGAUCAACGUCCAGUCGAGAAGAUGGAGGGGCCCAUCGGCCUCAUCAUGACGCCUACUCGCGAGCUCGCCGUGCAGAUUUUCAGGGAGAGCAAGCCCUUUCUCAAGGCUACAGGGCUUCGCGCCGUCUGCGUGUAUGGUGGUGCCCCCAUCUCUGAGCAGAUCGCCGAAAUGAAAAAGACGGCAGACAUCGUAGUCGCCACGCCCGGCCGGAUGAUUGACCUGCUCACCGCCAAUCAGGGUCGCGUCACCAAUCUCCGCCGCGUAACUUACCUGGUAUUGGACGAGGCGGACCGCAUGUUUGACAUGGGCUUCGAGCCUCAGGUGAUGAAGAUAGUCAACAACGUUCGGCCAGAUAGGCAGACAGUCCUCUUCUCCGCCACCUUCCCAAAGCAGAUGGAGAGCCUCGCCCGCAAAGUUCUCCGCAACAAGCCUAUCGAGGUCACCGUAGGCGGGAGAAGCGUCGUAGCGGCUGAGAUCGAGCAGAUAGUCGAGGUACGUGAGGAAGAGACCAAGUUCACGCGCUUGCUCGAGAUCCUGGGUCAGACGUACAACAGCGAGGAGGAUGCGCGCACGCUCAUCUUCGUGGAUCGGCAGGAGGCUGCGGACGACUUGCUACGCGAAUUGAUCAGAAAGGGGUAUAUGACCAUGUCGCUGCACGGUGGCAAGGAUCAGGUGGACCGCGAUGCUACCAUUUCGGACUUCAAGGCCGGAGUCUGCCCAAUCGUCACAGCCACUUCGGUCGCCGCUCGUGGCCUGGACGUGAAACAGCUCAAGCUCGUUAUCAACUACGACGCUCCCAAUCACAUGGAGGACUAUGUCCAUCGAGCCGGCCGCACGGGUCGAGCAGGCAACAAGGGUACAUGCGUCACCUUUGUCACUCCACAGCAGGAGCGCUACGCCCGCGACAUCAUCGCGGCGCUCAAAGCAAGUAAAGUCGCGGUGCCUGCUGAGCUGCAAAGCCUCGCCGACUCAUUUGCAGAGAAGGUGCAAGCAGGCAAAGCCCAAGCUGCUAGCUCUGGAUUUGGGGGUAAAGGGCUGGAGAGAUUGGAGAGCGACAGAGAGAAGACGUUGCGCGCUCAGAGGUCGGCCUAUGGUGAGGGAGAGGAGGGCAGCCGCGCUGCGGAAGGAGCAGGAGAUGGUCCGCAAGCCAAAGAGCUCGAAGAGAUCAAGGUGCAAAAGGGACCGCCACCAGCAGAUGAUGGGCUCAGCGGCGUACGAGAGAUGCAGAUCGAGGUCAAGAAGGGAGCCGCUCCUGAGGCCAUUCGAGAGAACAAAGUCGGCGCGGGAGAGGGGAAGGCCAGUCCUGCUCCCGCGAACGGCGAAGGUUCAGCCGCAGCUGCGCCGAAUGCUGCCGCUCUUGCUGCAGCAAAGGCCUCAGGCGCAGACACAAAGAAGCUGGCCGAGGCUCUCGCCCGUAUCAACGCCCUCGCCGCUGCCUCUAAAAAGGCGCAGGCCGCAGCUCGCAAUGGCGGUGGCGCCGAUCAGCCAGAGCGCAAGCCCAAAGACCCUGACGCGACAGACUACCAUGCGAUCGUCCCCAUCAAUGACUUUCCCCAGAAGGCUCGUUGGAGAUGCACCAACAAGGAGACCAUGUCCAUGCUCAUCACGGAGACGGGGGCGGCAAUUACGAACAAGGGAAUCUUCUACGAGAAGGGCAAGGAGCCGGCCGCAGGAGAGCCGCCGAAGUUACAGCUAUUGAUUGAGAGUAACGAUGAGGAGAAGGUGGAGCAUGCGGUACGCGCGAUCAAGAGUAUACUGUUGGAGGCUACGCAGGCAGCACUGGAGCAAGAACAGAGACAGGCCGGACCGGGAGGUGCGCCUGGUGGUGGUGGAGCCGGAGCGGGGACGGGGCAGGCUGUUGGGAGGUACAACGUCGUAUAGGGUAGAGAAAUGCAGAUUCAUCGAGCACUAUCGUCUAUUGAUUACAGGACU